AUGGAUGCCUCCGCCAUUAGAAGUUGCAUAAUAGCAACCCUCGACGCCGAUGCCGACAUUCGCAGGAGGGCCGAGUUGCAACUCAAACAGGCAGAGGAACACAAUGGGUUUCUCGAUGCUCUCCUCGACAUCUUGCAGUCUGAGCAGGACACAAAUUACCGCCUUUCCACCGUCAUUUACAUCAAGAACCGCGUCAACCGAGCCUGGGCAGGGACAGACCAUUUCCCCAACGAGCAUCCCAUAGCCGAAGAUGAAAAGUCGAGAGUCCGCGACCGGUUACUGCCCAUCCUGGCCUCGUCACAAGGCCUCAUCCGACAACAGCUCAUCCCCAUCCUGCAAAGAAUCCUACACUGGGACUUCCCCGAGAAAUGGCCUACUUUUAUGGACUUUACCAUCCAACUACUGAACACAAACGAUCCGCUGUCAGUCCUCGCCGGUCUGCAAUGUCUGCUGGCCAUCUGCCGUGCCUACCGCUUCAAGGCCGGCGAUGGAGAGAACAGGACGCACUUCGACAAGAUUAUCGAGGCCAGUUUUCCCAGGCUGCUAGCCAUUUCCACCGAGCUCGUAGGACAGGAGAGCGAAGAGGCCGGGGAGAUGCUCCACAUUGCUUUGAAAGCUUACAAGCACGCGACAUGGCUCGAUCUAUCUGCCUUCCUUCGCCAGCAACAGAACACGAUAGGCUGGUGCACCGUCUUUCUGCAAACAGUCUCCAAGACCGCCCCCGCUAUCGCAAUGUCAGAAGAGCCCCUCGAGCGCGAACGGCAUCACUGGUGGAAGGCAAAGAAGCACGGCAACCCACAAGCAAUUACCAAGAACGAGGGGGAUCAAAUGGCCUUUGCCAACUUCUUUUCCACCAACAUCGCACCCGAAGUCCUCAAACAUUACCUCCAGGAGAUCGAAAAGUGGGUGUCGAAAACGUCUUGGUUGAGCAGGCCUUGUUUGUCGUACACGAUUGUCUUUAUGGACGAAUGCGUACGGCCCAAGGAGAUGUGGGCACACCUGCGGCCUCACCUCACCAAUCUCGUCACCCACUUCAUCUUCCCGGUGCUCUGCCUGUCUCAGGAGGAUAUAGAGAAGUUUGAGGACGAGCCCGAGGAGUAUCUCCAUCGAAAACUGAACUUCUACGAGGAAGUCUCAGCUCCAGACGUCUCUGCGACCAACUUCCUGGUGACACUGACCAAGAACCGCCGUAAGCAGACCUUUGAGCUGCUGCAAUUCAUCAACAAUGUUGUGAGCACCUACGAAUCUGCGCCGGAUGAUAAGAAGGACCACAUUUCCAAGGAGGGCGCCUUGCGCAUGAUAGGAACGCUCGCACCCGUCAUUCUCGGCAAAAAGUCACCGAUCGCCGACCAGGUCGAAUACUUCCUCGUCCGAUACGUCUUCCCAGACUUCACCAGCAGUCAGGGGUACCUCCGCGCCCGGGCAUGUGACACUAUCGAGAAGUUCGAGCAACUCGACUUCAAGGACCAGAACCAUCUACUCACCAUCUACCGUAAUAUCUUGGACUGCAUGGCCGAUCCAGCCCUUCCAGUCCGUGUCACGGCGGCACUCGCGCUUCAACCUCUGAUUCGGCACGACAUCAUCCGCACUAGCAUGCAGACGGCGAUUCCCACGAUCAUGCAACAGCUUCUGAAAUUGGCAAAUGAGGCUGACAUCGAUGCUCUGGCUAACGUCAUGGAGGAUUUCGUUGAAGUCUUCGCCACUGAGCUGACGCCCUUCGCCGUUGCCCUCAGUGAGCAACUACGUGACACUUACCUCCGAAUUGUCAACGAACUCCUUGAGAGGAACAACUCGCGAGACGACGAUGAGUACGGCGACUUCCUUGACGACAAGAGCAUUACAGCCUUGGGUGUUUUGCAGACUAUAGGAACCCUAAUCCUCACCCUCGAGAGUACGCCCGACGUCCUGCUGCACAUCGAGGCAGUGCUCAUGCCGGUGAUUCAAAUUACACUAGACAACAAGCUCUACGAUCUGUACAACGAGGUGUUUGAGAUCAUUGACAGCUGUACCUUCGCCGCCAAGGCCAUCUCACCCACCAUGUGGCAGGCCUUCGAGCUCAUCCACCGAACUUUCAAGGCGGGAGCUGAACUGUACCUUGAGGACAUGCUUCCUGCUCUGGACAAUUUUGUGCAGUUUGGUGUACCGCAACUCAUCCAAAAGCCCGAGUAUGUGGAGGCUUUGUACUCGAUGGUUUCAGACAUGUUCAACGAUCCCAAGGUCGGCGGCAUCGACAGAAUUUGUGCUUGCAAACUGGCCGAGGCCAUGAUGCUGAGCCUGCCUGGCCACAUCGACAACUGUGUCAAUGGUUUCAUAAACAUGGCCAUGGGAGUGCUGACGACCGAGGAGGUCAAGAUCAAGUCGUACAAGAUCCACUUGAUGGAAAUCAUCAUCAAUGCCAUCUACUACAACCCGAUCUUGACACUCCAGGUCCUCGAGACAAAAGGCUGGACGAACAAGUUCUUCAGCUUGUGGUUUGGUAGUAUGGAGUCGUUCCACCGGGUCCACGACAAGAAACUCUGUAUUGUCGCCAUUGUGGCCCUUCUGGGUCUGAAUCCCGACCAAGUGCCACCAAGUGUCGCGGUCGGAUGGCCUCGAUUGCUUCAGGGUGUCACCUCGUUGUUCAAAACGCUUCCAUCUGCGCUGAAAAAUCGUGAGGACGCUAUGAAGGAUGACUACGGCCUUGAUGCGAACUAUGCGUACGACGACGAGGAAGAGUGGGGAGAUGAUGAGGCCGCGUGGGCAGCAGAAGAUGAGCAAGAGGAGGAGCCCACAGAUGCCAAGGACGAGAGCACGGCAUACCUGGAGUUCCUUAACGAGGAGGCAAAUUCUGACGAUGAACUGGGCGAGCACAGUGUACUGCUCGAGUCUCCUCUGGAUAAGCUCGAGCCGUACCAAAUUUUCAGCUCAUGCUUAAUGAGGUUGCAACAAGAACAACCACAAUUCUACACCGGCCUGUCCUCUCACCUAUCGGCGGAAGAACAAGCUGUGAUCCAGUCCGUGGUACAACAGGCCGAGGCAAAUUCAGUUGCUGCACAACAACAAGCCCAGCAGCUCGCAGCAGGAGCCAACGGCGGCGCCAGCUAG